AUGCCGGUUAAGUCUGAGGAAGCCAUCUGCAGCGUCGCGGCUCUAGCCACCCAAUUGGGCAAUCAGAUCUCCGUGCACAUGCUCAACUAUCUCAGCACCACCAAAGACCUACCCGACGGUUUUCGCGAGCUUUCCCAUACGUUCCUCGAUACCUGUCGUACACUGUGGGCCAUUGAAGCCGGAGUGACCGAAUUAGCCGCCGCCAAUCGCGCCCUGCCCGAGGUGAUAAUUGAAGAGGUGGAAAAGAAAUUUGUUUCCACAUACCGCGACUUUCAACAACUCGACAAGGUCAUUUUGAAACUUGUUCAUUAUGAACAUCGCGGGACACUGGGAAAGCUGCAGCGAGGAUGGCAUCGACCAGGCCAUGAACUCAACCGCAUUCACGAGUCACUGAAGAAGGCCACCGAAACCCUUCAGAUCAGCGGCAUGGCCUUCCACUGGUCCCUGGGAGAAGCACACCCGGAGGAGUCGGUAGGCAUUGGGUAUGCAGGCUUGGCUGCUGCGCUCGACCGCGUAUCUAAAGGCCGCUCGGUGAUGGGCAUAAACAAGGCCAAGACCUUUGAAUCUGAGCGGUCCGUACCAUCGAUCCAAAGUCAGUCGCCUGAUUCAAUGCGGUCGACACCAUCCGUGCCUCCGAAGGAAUCAUUUACCGCCGCCCGGCCCAACCAAGGCAUUCGUCAACAAGAUCCUGAAAUUAUCACGGAUGACAUGUCUUCCGUCCUAUCUCUGAACGGGUUUCUGAACCAGCCUGGACGCGAGACCGAAAAGAUUCCCUACUUCGAGCACCGAGCACUGCCGCGCCGACCGGCCAAGGCAGACUCUACAGCUUCUGCUGAAGAAAUCAACCUACGGAAUGACAGCCAUUCCGAUCCCGAUUCCGCCAGCGCCAAGCUAACGCAGACUCUGCUCGCCCACGGCGUCAAUCUGAAAGAUGAGACGCGCAAUGGCACAACGUUACUGAUCGAAGCAAUUCGCAAGCGAGCACCGCAGCAAGCCAUCGAAACCCUGCUCAAUUCCGGCUGUGACCCCAACCGCAAAGACGACCACGGCAAGACAGCGCUCUGCGAAGCCGUACAAAGCGACCAACCAGCCAUCGUGACCACUCUGUUAAAUCAGGACGCGAAUCCAAACCUGCCAGGACCUGAACACGUCCUCUGGUCCGCCGUCCACCGUCCAGGCUGCCUGCGCAUCCUGCUCGCGCGCGGCGCUGACAUUCGAAAGACUCCUGGCCUGAUGGAACAGGCGACAAGUGUGAACAGCAUCGAUGCCGUGCACGUUCUGCUGCAGGCUGGUAUGGACCCAAACUCCAAAAAGGACGGAAUAUACACUCCGCUGUGCUCGGCCAUCCGCGAUGACCGGCCAGAUAUCCUCACCUUACUGCUCAGUCACGGCGCGGACCCUAACCUGAUGGCGUCUGAAUACCCAGCCUGGAAAUGUAUCACCCACAACCGCCUUCAUUUCCUCCCGGACUUAGUGGCAGCCGGCGCGGACCUCCAUCAGCCACCGGGUAUUGUCGAGUGCGCCGUACAGAAUAAUAACACAGAGGCUCUACACUGGCUCGUGGGCCCAGGCGGCGCCAACCCAAAUGAUCGCAACGCCCUGGGACACACAGCUGUGACAACGGCCAUCCGGGAGAAACGUCCAGAGAUGCUAGGCUGGUUACUAGCGCAUGGUGCCGAUCCCAACCUACGCGGCCAAGACUGGCCCGUGUAUAUGGCGACUCAGUCGCCGAGCAUGCUACGGCUCCUGCUGCCCAGCAUAACAGACCUAUCCGCGCACAAGGGCGUCAUGGAGAAAGCAGUUCAAGCCAAUCAACUAGAAAACGUCAAACUACUCCUCGCCGCCGGCGCCAAUGUAGAGUGGAAAAACGGCGGCGUGUUCUCACCGCUAACGACAGCGCUGCGCGAGCGCCACUGGGUCAUUGUGCGUUAUCUUCUGGAUGAGGCUGGUGCCGACCCCAAUGCCCCUGGUGAACAUCUGCCUCUCGUCAAGGCGAUACGGCGAUGCGACGAUGGUGACUUUUCCAUGAUUGAGCUACUCCUGGAAAGGGGGGCUGACCCGAAUAAAUGCUAUCGCGACUGGAACGCUAUCAUGCAGGCCAUUGAAGACCGCGAUGUCCGGUUACUGCAGCUCUUGAUUGAGAAGGGUGGUCGGGUUGAUCUUGCUCAGAAAGACGAGAUGGGCAAGACAGUCUUGGAUAUGGCCAAUUCUUCUGGUUGGCUGGAAGGGACUGAGCUUCUGUUAAAUAAUGCUCGUCAGUGA